ACGGAGCUUCAAAUCUCUCUCUAUCUCUCUCCCUGAGGACUCUGAUACUCGAAACACAUGUUCCCAAUUUGAAUCUAGAGAGAGAAACACGUUCAGGAGAGAGAAAAUAAUAUCUCCAAUCCGUUGCUUCAGUGAGCUGAAGCGAUUGUCUCUGAUCGGGGAUUGAUCCUUUUUGGAGUAGAUACAACGGAGGAAAAAAUGAAUGCAGUGGGAAGGCAGAGAUCCGGUGCGGCGGCGCAUCAUCAGCGGCAGUUCUCCGACAACUUCCUGGAGAAUCCGUCCAACGACCGAUGGCUACAGUCGGCCGGCCUUCAACAUUUACAGUCUUCUUCUAGCAACUCCAUUCCUCCGCUACAGGAUUUUGGGUACUAUGGUGCAGCUCAGGGGUCGAGAGCGUAUAGGGGUCCUCAGAGGACUUUCAACGGGGGAAGUGAUAAGUUUUUGGAGCCGUCGACGCCGUCGGGCCAGUGGAAGAAUGGGGACGAGCAGGUGUCGCCGAAUGAGUUCAGUCCAGGACUGUUAGAUCUACACUCCUUGGAUACUGAGCUCCUCCCAGAGAUUUCACUUCCUGGCCAGUAUGGUGCUCCUUCCAUGAACCAUUUUACUCGAGGCAAAAGCUGUGAUGACUCAGAUGCAUACUUUACAAACAAUAAACAAAGUAGUAAAGUUCGUGGCUUGCCCGAGAAUAAUGUUAUGAAGAGCUUUGCUGCUGAUAAGGAAAGGACUAGCAAUGUUGCAAAGAUCAAAGUAGUGGUGCGAAAGAGACCACUAAACAAAAAAGAAUUGAUGAAGAAUGAGGAAGACAUAAUAGAAACUCGUACCAACUCAUUAAUAGUUCAUGAGACAAAGCUUAAGGUUGACCUAACACAAUAUCUUGAGAAACAUGAGUUUGUCUUUGAUGCAGUGUUGAAUGAGGAGGUUUCAAAUGACGAGGUAUAUCGUGAAACUGUUGAGCCUAUUGUUCCAAUUAUUUUCCAACGGACAAAAGCCACUUGCUUUGCAUAUGGGCAAACAGGAAGUGGCAAAACAUAUACAAUGAAACCACUGCCCUUGAAGGCAUCUAGGGAUAUCUUGAGGCUCAUGCACUACACUUACCGGAAUCAGGGCUUUCAAUUGUUUGUCAGCUUCUUUGAGAUUUAUGGAGGAAAACUCUUUGACCUUCUUAAUGAUAGGAAAAAACUUUGCAUGAGAGAAGAUGGUAAGCAGCAAGUGUGUAUUGUGGGCUUGCAAGAGUACAGGGUUUCAGAUGUGGAGAUGAUCAAGGAACUUAUUGAACGAGGAAGUGCAACAAGAAGUACAGGCACCACUGGUGCCAAUGAGGAAUCAUCCCGAUCACAUGCUAUACUUCAACUUUCUAUUAAGAGGUCUGCAGACGGCAAUGAAUCCAAGCCUCCUCGACUAAUUGGGAAGCUAUCUUUUAUUGACCUUGCUGGAAGUGAACGUGGUGCUGACACUACUGACAACGAUAAGCAGACAAGAAUUGAAGGAGCUGAGAUUAAUAAAAGCUUGCUUGCGCUGAAGGAAUGCAUUAGAGCUCUUGACAAUGAUCAAGGCCAUAUACCUUUCAGAGGCAGUAAACUAACUGAGGUCCUUCGGGACUCAUUUGUUGGAAACAGUAGAACUGUAAUGAUAUCCUGCAUUUCUCCAAAUGCUGGAUCCUGUGAACAUACUUUGAACACAUUGAGAUAUGCUGAUCGGGUGAAGAGCCUUUCGAAAGGGGGCAAUAACUCCAAGAAAGAUGCUUUGUCUUCAUCAUUUAAUCUGAGGGAGUCCACAACAUUGCCCUUGUCUGCAGUCAUGCCUUCUGUAUCAACGUAUGAAGAUGACACAGGUGAUUCAUGGCCUGAGGACGAGGAACUCUAUGAAAGAGAGAAGCCAAUACCAAAAAAGAAUGCAAAACUUGAAGCAUUCAGUACUACCAUUUCAGAAGAUAAAUUUAGGAAAGGCAAUGACCAAACAAAGUGGAAGGAGCCACCUAGAACAGAGCCUAAGUACUCAACUGCAGAUAAUGAUUUAAAUGAUCUGCUGAAGGAAGAGGAAGAUCUUGUAAAUGCUCACCGGAGACUAGUAGAAGACACUAUGGACAUUGUUAGAGAGGAAAUGAACCUCUUAGUUGAAGCAGAUCAACCGGGGAAUCAGCUAGACCAUUAUGUAUCCCAACUGAAUGCAAUCCUUUCCCAAAAGGCUGCUGGCAUUCUUAAAUUGCAGAACCGUUUGGCUCAGUUUCAAAGACGUCUAAAGGAGCAUGAUGUCCUUGCGUCUUUGCAACACUGAAGCAGAAUUGGGAUGUAAAGUAAAACCAUUGAAACACAAUAUUUGGCUUGCAAACGUGUGGUUAGAAUGGUAGAUGAUUCAUUGGUUUUGGAAAAAUCCAUAAAUUGGUGUUUUUUUUAAUGGUCUCGGCCUUUUUGGCUAAAGGCUUGCUGGACAAUAUACAAUGUGUACUUUGAUUCUUGUCAUUAUACGUCUGUUUUUUCAACAGAGCAAAAUGUAUCUGAUGCCA